AUGUACAGUUGUUCCAACGUCAAAAGGCGGCUAACAAAGCAUUUCAAAAAGCCGGUUUUUAAAAAACGAAAGGGCGAUUUUUAUUUUCCUAAAGUUCGCCAUUUUACAGUCAAGCUUAGAAUAUCUACAAAGCAGGUUCAAUUGAACAGUUUUCUAGAAGCAAUUUCACAGUGUAUUAUCAAUAACUACAAAACCAACCCAAAAUACAAAUAUGAAGAAAAAUUAACUGAAAAAGACAAGACUUUGAUGAAGCAUACGUACAAAAAAAUCAUCGAAAGAUUGGUUUUGAAAGAGGAAACUACUAUGGAGGAUGUACUUUAUAACAAAGCAAAAGACUAUUCUGUUGAGCAUGAAAUUAAAGAAAUCGAAAAAGAAACCGGCAAGGCCAAUUUAAUGAAGGCUUUACCAGAGUCGUUAACCAUUAUGCUGAUGAAUUUGGACGGAAAGAAUGACUUUGACUCGAUUGACAAAGUAUUCCAAGACAUUUCUUGCAACCGCCGACAUCAACCAGAAGAAUACUGGUAUCGAGAAAGUGUCUUCAACUAUCUGAAUCCAUUUAUGGAUAAAGACAGUAUUGAAAGCUUCCCAACUGAACAAGAUCUCUUGCAGGAUAUGUAUGGGUUCAUCAACAACUCUUCCAGUUCUACUUCAUUCUAUAACAAGAACAUGAGAAGGGCACUUGGCUCAAUUGACAUAAUGGAACAAAUGGUUACAGACCGUUCAGAUCUUACUUUCAGAUAUCCUUUAACUUAA